AUGUCUUCCUCACAUAAGCCAGCGAGCAACUACUGGGGCUUCUUGAUCCGGGCAGACAAGAGUGCCACUCCUUUAUUUGAGCAACUCUGCCUUGGAAUUGCGAAAUUAAUAGUAAGCCGUCCUCUCAACUCCAAGUUGAAUCAUACUAAGCCUUCGAUCUUACAGUCAGAACUCCAUCAGUCAAACACGGAGGAUCUCGUCCCCGCGAAUCUAGCCGCUUUCUACCGUGCAGUCGGAGGAAACUACGACAAUAUCUUCCUGCAUACACCCCACGAGUCUCUGUCCUUCAUAUAUCAAUCUUUGGGGUGCUUUCAUUCACUCCAACCAACGUCCGAUCCCUUCAAACCACCAUCUCUUCCAGCACUACGCCCCCAUGGCUUCGUCCGCUGGCAGACGAUCCAGCUACUUCUGUGUCCAGACGAGCAUAUCAUAUUUUUGCAACGAGCAGUGAAGAAAUUUGACAUUAUCAACCCAUCGGGUGGAUGUGUAUUCCCGAAAGUCAUCCCAAAAGAUUCUUUCCCUUCAAAGCCUGACCCGGACAUGGUCAAGUGGCACGAAACCGUUAGCCAAAAAUUGGAAGACGACUAUAAUGCGAAAGAACUAACGGGCACUUCGCGGCUUUCUGAUCGCGAUUUACAAAGUCGCAAAGCAUGUGCCAAGUCUCAAGACGGUUUCGUGCCGGAAGAAAUGCCUGACUAUUUCUCUCGUCGAGGAAGUACCUGUCAAAGGCCAAUCAGUUACCAGAGACAAACACCAGCAGCAGAAAUUAGUUCCCCGUAUAACAUACGUUCUCAUAAACGAUCUGUCCCAGAAUUCACCUCUCCACUCUCCACUGAACCGGAAUUGAGACACGACUACAUCGAAGAGGAUUCAGUACCGAUAUAUACCCGUACCAAAAUCCAUAGUAGACCAGUUUCACGAAAGAGACGCUCUCACCGUGGUCGAUCAUUAACGCCUUCCCCACGACGCCCGCAGACGCCAUCUGAAUCCUCGUCAGUGUCGGACGAGUUCGAGGAAGCUGUUCGUCAUUCCAGAUCACCAAGCCAUCCCGAGGAUGAGGACGAUGACUAUGAAAAGUUGUUCUCCACCCGCAAUUCGCAUGCCAGACGCCACUCACACGACGCCGCAUACUCUUCAAGGAAAAGGUGGAAUCAGUCCCCAGCACGCCGCCAUCCCCAACGAGAAGACGCCAUUCCACCAGAUACAAACGAGGCUUACGAUUACUACCCCCGCAUUCCCAAAUCUGCAGAAUUCCGCUCCUACCCUGACGACUUGCGGCGCGUGGACUCACUCUCCCACUCAUCCCGCAGACCAAAACAGCCCCUGCCACCCCCUCCGCCCGCACUCCCCGGGGCUAAAUUCCGCGAAUACAUCUUCGACGAGGACGGCGGAUACCCCAACUCCGCCCCCGCUUCGCCCAUCAACCAUCAACAGCAUCAACAUCACCCUCUCUACUACCGCACCACCUCUUCACGAAUCCCGGCAACAGCACACAACUCAGUCCACACCUACCGCCAAUACAUACCCAGAAUGGAAGCCGAUCCACCUCUCCCAACCCGCUCGCUUUCAAGCAGGCGAAAGGCAAGUGUUAGUGCCAGCGCAGGCAGCCGUAGUGGCAGCAGCUCAGAGCGAGCUCGCGCAAUGUCCAUAAGCGGGAAGCCACUGGUACAUUUGCGCGUUAAUCAAGCCAUGCAGCCAUUGACAAGGCGGCACUGA